AUGAUCACCUUCCAAGUUCCAAAAUUGUCCAAAGAGAAAUUUUAUAACUGGUGCAUCCGCCUGAAGGCACUACUUGGUGCACAUGAUGCAUGGGAUAUCGUGGAGAAUGGUUAUGAGGCUCCUACCGAUCUAGCUGCUCUCACCCAAGCACAAAGGGAUCUUUUACAAAAUACUAAGAGGAAGGAUCAAAAGGUUGUUUCUCUUAUUCACCAAGCAUUGGAUGAGGCCACUUUUGAGAAGAUUUCUAAUGCUACUACAGCAAAACAAUUAUGGGAUAUGCUUCAAAUUGCCUGCAAAGGAAAGGAGAAGGCAAAGAAAAGGCUUGAUGAAGAUGUGACUAAUUUAAGGUUAAUUGAGAAAAUCCUUAGAUCAGUUAGUGAGAAAUUUGACCACAUCGUGACUGCCAUUGAAGAAUCAAAGGACUUGGAAGAUAUGACAAUUGAAGAAUUAAGAGGAUCAUUAGAAGCAUAUGAAGAGAAGCUUAAUCGAAGAAGGAAGGAGCCAUUGGAGCAUGUUUUACAAUCAAAGUUCACAUUGAUAAACAAGGAAGAAAAGGAAAAUACAAGUUUCAAAGGACGAGGCUUUGGAAAAGGAGGAAGAGGUUACCAUAUUUCAUUUCAACGUAGAGAUGAAAAUUAUCAAUCCAACUCAACAAGAGGACAUGGCAGAGGAGGAGCAAGACCAUAUCAAAAGAGGUAUGACAAGUCACAACAAGGAGAAAAAUAUUCUUGGUUCCUUGAUACUGGAGCUAGUAAUCACAUGUUUGGGAACAAAGAUUUGUUCAUAGAGCUUGAUGAGAAGGUUGGUGGCAAUAUCACAUUCGAGGAUUCCUCCAAAAUACCAGUAAAGGAGAAAGGUAAAAUCUUGAUACAUAUGAAAGAUAGAAAUCACCAAUUUAUUUCAAAAGUUUAUUAUGCUUCAAAUAUGAGGAGUAAUAUUUUGAGUGUGGGUCAAUUAUUGGAGAAAGGCUAUGUUUUGUUCAUAAAAGGUUGCAAUGUGUUUUUAAAGGAUGAUGCAGGAAAUUUGAUUGCUAAAGUACCUAUGUUGAAAAAUCAUUUAUUUGUGUUGUCCAUACAAACUGAUAUGGCUAAGUGUUUGACGUCGUGUUAUAAAGACUAG